AUGGCGGAGCGGUCCCCCGAGCUGCUGGUGGCGCCCCUAGCGUCGUGGGUCGAUUUUUUGACAUCCUACGGCGUGGUCCGCCGGGAGGUGCUGGGCCUGCUGGACCGCGCGCCGGGCGCCGUGGCGGGCAACUCGAUCCUGGGCGCCGGGAGGGCGAUCCUGAGGAUGAAGGGCCUGGGUUUGACGGACAGGGCCAUAGCCAGCCAGGUGCUGCCCAGGUGGCCGGAGCUGCUGGCCAGGGACGCGGAGGCGGAGAUGGGCCCCGUGAUCGAUCGGCUGGGUGAGCUGCUGCCCGACCAGCGGCGGGUGCGCGAGGUGAUCUGCCGCUCCCCGGGCUUCCUGAGGUUCGAUGUGGAAGAGCGGCUGGGACCGACCUUGGCAUUCUUGGAGCAAGGGGUUGGGUUGGAUGAGGCGGAGGUGCGCCAAGUGGCAGCUGCAUGUCUGUCUGUACUGCUGUGCGACGCUGAGCGGUGCCUGAAGCCCAAGGUGGCAUUCCUGGCGUCACUGGGGCUGGACGCUGGGGAAGUGAAGGCUGUGUUCACUGCCAACCCACAGAUUGUGGAGUUCACCGAUUCCAACCUGCGCCGCAAGUGGCAUUUCCUGGUGCACAAGAUGGAUGGCGGCACGGCGGACGUCCUGUCCUUCCCUGCCUACUUUUCAAAAUCGCUGCUUCGGGAAAUCGGGCCGCGGCAUGGCUACGUUUCAUCGCACCGCACUCACGGCAGCGUCUCUAGUUGCUUCUUCACAGCUAGGUGUGACCCUGCUGGGCGCUUGUCCCUUGCCUCCUUUCAUAUUGCCUCCUUUUUGUGUGAAUCGGUGUUUCUUUCCUCCAGUCUCGUGUUCUCUUGUCUUGGGUAA